AUGGAUAAAUUAGUCAAAUUCUUCAAAGAAAAGAAUGCAGACCGAAAGUUCGCCAAAUUGGGAGAAGGCCAUCGCCUUGGUGAUGCCAGUGUUCAACAUUCUGCUUCUACUGCUAAUGCUAAACGUCAGUCGACAUCAUGUCAAAGUACACCACCUUCUUCAAAAUCAGUGGAAGCCACUAUGUCUAGGAUAGCCAUCACGGAGUCUCGAGGUACUAGUAAUCAAACUGUAAGCUCCACUGAGAAUGAGAGGAAUCUACAACACAAAUCAGUCGAAGUAGAAAAUGCGAAAGAAAUCCAUGCUGAAAAACCCAUAUUUAUUCCAAAGCUUUUAUUUUGGUGCCCUAAUCUUUUUGGUGAUACAGUGGUUGGAAGUCGGGAUGAGAUUGAACAAGCUAUCCAAAAUUAUCUCUUAUCUGGUUCUGUUUGUAAUACUAAUGAAGCCAUAGUGUUAAUGGUUAUCAGAGGAAUAGAGAAAAGUAAACUUCCAUCAUCUUCAAACAUCCCAUUGUCAGAAUUACCGUCUCUUAGUGAAAUUAAACAGAAUCGUAAACAGAAUAUCGUUAGAAUUUUACAAAAUUUAAUUAGUGCACCAGAAAAUCCAGUUUAUCGACGUCUGCGUGCAUCAAAUAAAUUGAUACAAGAUCUUUUGUCUAUCGAUGGAUUAGAAUCUUUUCUCACAUUAUGUAAUUUUAAAAAGAUGAUGUUACCUGCCACACGUCCUAGUGGGCAACAACAAGUCGAAGGUGAUGAUGAAAAACCAACCGUGGGGAAUAACGAGGAUGCGGUUGAAGAGUACAAGGAGGCUUUCUAUGUAAUAUCAGAAGAAGAUGCUAACAAAAGAGAGCAUUUAGAAAAACUGUUGAAUCUAUUUACCAUAGCUGAUCCUAUUCUACCUGAAUUAUAUCGUAAUACCAAAGUGUAUCGAGCUACUGGUCGUACUCUGACGUGUAUUCCGCGUGAUCAUCUUCCUGAUGAGUUUUUCUCCCUAACAAAAGAAGAAUUUCGUAAAUGUUACGAUCAUCAACAUCGAAUUAUAGAAGAAGGUCGUAUGUUACUUACCAAAGCCAUGAGAGAACGAUUAAAAACGCAACACAUGAAAUCGUUUCGUUACGCUGUUAUUCGUGUUCGGUUUCCGGAUAACCUUCUUCUUCAGGGUACAUUUUAUGCUAUGGAUAAACUUUCAACUGUUCGACAAUGGAUUUCUGAAUGUUUAGCUAAGCCUUAUUUAUUUCGAUUAUAUGCCCCACCAAGCAUUCAAACAGCCACACUUACGAAUGCGCCUCCGACGGUGCCUGUUGAAUUAACCGAUGAUAAUCUUAGUUUAAGCGAAGUAGGUUUAGCACCUUCCAGUUUAAUCAAUUUGACUUUCAUUGAUCGUAUACAACAAGAAGCGUCUGGGACUAGCGUUUUACGCUUUGAUUUAAAUCAAUCGGUUGAAGACAUUUAG